GUUCCUGGGGGAAGCCAAGAUCCCACUCCGGGAGGUCCUGGCCACCCCCAGUCUGUCUGCCAGCUUCAAUGCCCCCCUGCUGGACACCAAGAUGCAGCCCACAGGGGCUUCGCUGGUCCUGCAGGUGUCCUACACGCCUCUCCCUGGAGCUGUGCCCCUGUUCCCACCCCCCACUCCUCUGGAGCCUUCCCCAACUCUGCCUGACCUGGACGUGGUGGCUGGCGGGGGACAGAGCCGGGCCGAGACUUGGUCCCUGCUUAGUGACAGCACCGUGGACACGAGAUACUCUGGGAAGAAGUGGCCGGCCACCAUGGAUACAGGAGGAGAGCAGGACACCGAGGACCAGGGGCUCACGGGAGAUGAGGCAGAGCCAUUCCUGGAUCAGAGUGGCGCUCUAGACCCGGGGGCUCCCACCAGCCCCAGGAAGCCACCUUCUCAUCCUCCCCCCUACCACCCUGGGAGCAAAAGAAAGAGACGCGCGCCCACGCCCAAAAAGCUGCUGUCAGACAAACCGCAGGACUUCCAGGUGACGGGUGGGCUCUCCCUGACCCCAGUCUCCUCCUUUAGCCCUUCAGCAGCUGUGGUGCUGGGCACCGGCCUGCACUUCAGUGGCAAGCGUGUGAUUUGUGUUUCCUCUCUUGGAUUUCAGAUGGACGUGGGCACCAUUUACAGAGAGCCCCGGCAUGCCUAUCUCAGGAAGUGGCUGCUGCUCUCAGACCCUGAUGACUUCUCUGCUGGGGCCAGAGGCUACCUGAAAGCAAGCCUUUGUGUGCUGGGGCCCGGAGAUGAAGCUCCUCUGGAGAGAAAAGACCCCUCCGAAGACAAGGAGGACAUCGAAGGCAACCUGCUCAGGCCGACAGGCGUGGCCCUGCGAGGAGCGCACUUCUGCCUGAAGGUGUUCAGGGCCGAGGACCUGCCGCAGAUGGACGAUGCCGUGAUGGACAAUGUGAAGCAGAUCUUUGGCUUUGACAGUAACAAGAAGAACUUGGUGGACCCCUUCAUGGAAGUCAGUUUUGCAGGGAAAAUGCUCUGCAGCAAGAUCCUGGAGAAGACGGCCAACCCUCAGUGGAACCAGAGCAUCACGCUGCCUGCCAUGUUUCCCUCCAUGUGUGAAAAAAUGCGGAUUCGUGUCAUAGACUGGGAUCGCCUCACUCACAACGACAUCGUGGCCACCAUCUACCUGAGUAUGUCGAAAAUCUCUGCCCCUGGAGGAGAAAUAGAAGAGGAGCCUGCAGGUGUGGUCAAGCCUCCGCAAGCCACAGACCUGGAUGACCAUCUGGGCUUCCUCCCCACAUUUGGACCCUGUUACGUCAACCUCUAUGGCAGCCCCAGGGAGUUCACAGGCUUCCCGGACCCCUAUGCAGAGCUCAACAUGGGCAAGGGGGAAGGUGUGGCCUAUCGAGGCCGGGUUCUGCUCUCCCUGGAGACCAAGCUGGUGGAGCACAGUGAGCAGAAGGUGGAGGACCUCCCUGCAGAUGACAUCCUCCGGGUGGAGAAGUAUCUCCGGAGGCGCAAGUACUCCCUCUUUGCCGCCUUCUACUCGGCCUCCAUGCUGCAGGACGUAGACGAUGCCAUCCAGUUCGAGGUCAGCAUCGGGAACUAUGGGAACAAGUUCGACACCACCUGCCUGCCGCUGGCCUCUGCCACCCAGUACAGCCGGGCAGUCUUUGACGGAUGCCACUACUACUACUUACCCUGGGGCAACGUGAAGCCUGUGGUGGUGCUGUCAUCCUACUGGGAGGACAUCAGCCACAGAACCGACACUCAGAACCAGCUGCUUAGGAUCGCUGACCAGCUGGAAGCUGGCCUGGAACAGGUCCACCUGGCCCUGAAGGCUCAGUGCUCCACUGAGGACGUGGACUCCCUGGUGGCUCAGCUGAUGGAUGGGCUCAUUGCAGACUGCAGCCAGCCUCUGGGCGAUGUCCACCAGACACCCUCUGCCACCCACCUGGACCAGUACUUGUACCGGCUGCGCACCCGUCACCUGAGCCAAAUCACUGAGGCCGCCCUGGCCCUGAAGCUUGACCACAGCGAGCUCCCGGCUGCCCUGGAGCAGGCUGAAGAUUGGCUUCUGCGUCUCCGUGCCCUGGCGGAGGAGCCCCAGAACAGCCUGCCGGACAUUGUCAUCUGGAUGCUGCAGGGAGACAAGCGUGUGGCGUACCAGCGGGUGCCCGCCCACGAAGUCCUCUUCUCCCGGCGGGGUGCCAACUACUGUGGCAAGAAUUGUGGGAAGCUGCAGACGAUCUUUCUGAAAUAUCCGAUGGAGGGGGUCCCUGGUACCCGGAUGCCAGUGCAGAUACGGGUCAAGCUCUGGUUCGGGCUUUCCGUGGAUGAGAAGGAGUUCAACCGGUUUGCUGAGGGGAAGCUGUCUGUCUUUGCAGAAACGUAUGAGAACCAGACCAAGCUGGCCCUGGUGGGGAACUGGGGCACCACGGGCCUUACCUACCCCAAGUAUUCUGACGUCAUGGGCAAGAUUAAGCUCCCCAAGGACAGUUUCCGCCCCUCAGCUGGCUGGGCAUGGGCAGGAGACUGGUUCGUGUGUCCGGAGAAGACCCUGCUCCAUGACGCUGAUGCCGGGCACCUGAGCUUCGUGGAGGAGGUGUUUGAGAACCAGACCCGGCUUCCCGGAGGCCAGUGGAUCUACAUGAGUGACAACUAUACUGAUGUGAAUGGGGAGAAGGUGCUUCCCAAAGAUGACAUUGAGUGCCCCCUGGGCUGGAGGUGGGAAGAUGAAGAGUGGUCCACAGACCUCAAUCGGGCCGUUGAUGAGCAAGGCUGGGAGUACAGCAUCACCAUCCCCCCGGACCGGAAGCCGAGGCACUGGGUCCCCGCUGAGAAGAUGUACUACACUCACCGACGACGGCGCUGGGUGCGCUUGCGCAGGAGGGACCUCAGCCAGAUGGAAGCGCUGAAGAGGCACAGGCAGGCUGAGGCGGAGGGUGAGGGCUGGGAGUACGCCUCGCUGUUUGGCUGGAAGUUCCACCUGGAGUACCGCAAGACGGACGCCUUCCGCCGCCGCCGCUGGCGCCGCCGCAUGGAACCCCUGGAGAAGACAGGGCCUGCAGCUGUGUUUGCCCUUGAGGGGGCCCUGGGUGGUGUGGUGGACGACAGGAGUGAAGAUUCCAUAUCCGUGUCCACCUUGAGCUUUGGUGUGAACAGACCCACGAUUUCCUGCAUCUUUGACUAUGGGAACCGCUACCAUCUACGCUGCUACAUGUACCAGGCCCGGGACCUGCCUGCGAUGGACAAGGACUCCUUUUCUGAUCCGUACGCAAUCGUCUCCUUCCUGCACCAGAGCCAGAAGACAGUGGUGGUGAAGAACACCCUGAACCCCACCUGGGACCAGACACUCAUCUUUUAUGAGAUUGAGAUCUUUGGGGAGCCAGCCAGCAUCGCCGAGCAGCCGCCCAGCAUCGUGGUGGAGCUGUAUGACCACGACACCUAUGGUGCAGACGAGUUUAUGGGCCGCUGCAUCUGUCAACCGAGUCUGGAACGGAUGCCCCGGCUGGCCUGGUUCCCACUGACGAGGGGCAGCCAGCCGGCGGGUGAGCUGCUGGCCUCUUUUGAGCUCAUCCAGAGAGAGAAGCCGGCCAUCCACCAUAUUCCUGGUUUUGAGGUGCAGGAUACAUCAAGGAUCCUCGAUGAG